AUGUCCGGCCUCGAGAAAUCCCUCUUCAACCUCAAAUUCACAGCCAAACAGCUGAACCGACAAGCACAGAAAGCAGGGAAGGAUGAAUCGGCCGAGAAGAAUAAGCUGAAAAAGGCAAUAACCCAAGGCCACGCCGACAUAGCCAAGAUCUACGCUCAGAACGCCAUCCGAAAACAGAACGAGAAGCUGAACCUCCUCCGGCUAGGGUCAAGAAUAGACGCUGUAGCCAGCAGGGUACAAACAGCAGUGACAAUGCGGCAAGUCACGGGCAGCAUGGCGGGCGUAGUACGAGGGAUGGAUACGGCGAUGAAGGCUAUGGAUUUAGAAAAAAUCUCCGCAGUAAUGGACAAAUUCGAAACCCAAUUCGAAGACCUCGACGUCGCGACGGGCUACUACGAGAACGCGACCUCAUCAGCCACAGCAGUCGGCACGCCGCAAGAUGAUGUCGAUAAAUUGAUUAGUAUGACGGCGGAUGAGGCGGGGGUGGAACUGAAGCAGGAGAUGAAGGCGCCCGAGACGGGGUUGGUGGUUGGGGGUUCGGGGUCGAAGAUUACGGCUGAGGAGGAGAGGGAGGAGGGGUUGGAGGGGCGGUUGAGGGCUUUGAGGAAUUAA